AAUGCGGAAGUGAAGUCUGCGCAUGCGGUCGCGAUGUUGAACUAAUUCGACACAGUACGUACAAACUACGACUUAUUGACUUUUCAUUGAGAUGACUAAUUACAUAUUACUGUUGUUAUUUAUACAUUGAGGCACAAUGAUGCUGGACAUGAGUCGUGUGACUGUCGUGGCGGACAUUUUAUUCAGUAGAAAACAUUCAUCAGAAGCAGGAAUCCACUGCUGCUGCUCCAGAGUCUUUGUGCAGGACAGAGAACUGUAUCGUUCGGACAAAAGACUCUUUUCAUUUGACCAACCGGAAACUUCAUUUCGAGAAGGCCACCAAGAAGAAGAAGAAGAAGAAGAAGAAUUAGAUGAAGAAGAAGAAGAAGAAUUAGAUGAAGAGGCUCAGCUGAUGUCUAGCAUGGGUCUUCCUCUUGCCUUUGCCAGCUCUUCUAGACGGCACAAAGUGGAGAAAGGCUGCAAGAAAAAGUCAGCUUCAUACCCGACUAAGCCUCUCCAAGACCAGCAGGAAGACACCACCAACCAAGACGACAGGAACGGUGUGGAGGAAGAACUGGAGACGGAGACCCUGGGGGAACAUUUGGAGACCCUGUGUGAUCACCAUGAAGGCUGGCAGGCCUACUGGGCCCAACAGGGUGAAGGUCUGCUGUGGAGCAGCUGGCAGGACAAGCAUGGGUCUUCAGAAGGUUCCCAAGUGGCUCCUUGGGACCAUCCCAGCACCAAGACCACCUGGGACCAGCACGCCACAGACACCUACUACCUGUACUGGGAGCAGUACUCCUACUGGGCAGCACAGGGAUGGACCUGUGAGGCAACGUCAGAGAAAGACUUCAACCUUCUUCUAGAACACAACUGCUCUUUACACUCACCUGACUCUCAAACAAGAUGGCCUCAAGUUGCUACCCACGUCCUUCCACACCAGCCCAGGUCUGAUCAGCCCUGUGAUGCAGGAGAUUGUGGCAAGAAGUCGGAUGUUUCCUCUCAGCAGGAAGCUACCCAGCCUACAGACUCCCGACUAGCGGCUGGCAGCACCAGCCAAACAGUGACUUCCAGAAUGUUCAAUGGUGACCAUGAGGAUGAUGGUGGAGAUGAAGGUCCCUCAAGAGGACAUGCCAAGGUCAAACGCAGUCAUGAACUUGAUGCCGAGGAGACGCCUCAUCUGUCACGUGAUGAAGCCUGGAAGAAACUUGGACUCAAACACAAUCCACAAUCUAUGUUUGACAAUGUGUUCGACUUCAAAGACGUUCCAGGCCAGAAGCGAUGGAGGCGAUGGUGCUCCAAGAAAGGCGGCAACAACAUCAACCAACACAUCAGGUUCACAGAGGACCAGGAGGACCAGGAGGACCUGACACAGCCACAGUGCUGCAGCACCCUUCACAAGGUGCGUGACUUCCUUGAGAACAUAGAGCAUGAAGAUCAGAGCUCGUCACGUGAGGAGAUGAAGGUGUCACACUCUGAUGUGUCCCCACAAGACCAGGAGAUGAAGGUGUCACACUCUGAUGUGUCCCCACAAGACCAGGAGAGGAAGGUGUCACACUCUGAUGUGUCCGCACAAGACCAGGAGAGGAAGGUGUCACACUCUGAUGUGUCCCCACAAGACCAGGAGAUGAAUGUGUCACACUCUGAUGUGUCCCCACAAGACCAGGAGAGGAAGGUGUCACACUCUGAUGUGUCCCCACAAGACCAGGAGAGAAGUAGCAGCUCCUUGGACCCUGAGGAGUGUGAAGGAAAAAGUGUCCUUCCUCCUCUUCUUGAUGAAGGAACAUCUCAUCCACACUUAGAAGCUGUGCAGAUACCCCACACACCUGCUGUCAAUGGUGGUGGCAGGAAGUGUAAGAAGAAGAAGAGGAAGUGGGCCAAUAAGCAGCAGCAGGUCCCAGCAGACAUGGCAUCAGAACCAGGUCUGGCCAAGUACUGGGCUCAGCGCUACAGACUCUUCUCCCGCUUCGACCAAGGAAUCCGACUAGACCGAGAGGGUUGGUUCUCCGUCACGCCAGAGAAGAUCGCAGAGCACAUCGCCCUGAGAGUGGCUUGCAACUUCUCGCACGCUCAGCUGGUCAUCGAUGCCUUCUGUGGCGUGGGAGGAAACGCCAUCCAGUUUGCACUCGCUGGCAAGAGAGUGCUGGCGGUGGACAUCGACCCGCUGCGUCUGGACUUGGCGCGCCACAACGCCGCCGUCUAUGGCGUGGAGCGCCACAUCGACUUCGUGCAGGGAGACUUCCUCCAGCUAGCACCUCGUCUGCGCGGUGACGUGGUCUUCCUGUCUCCCCCCUGGGGGGGUCCAGACUACCUGACUGCCCAAGUCUUUGAUCUCAGGACCAUGAUGGAGCCCGAUGGUUUUCACAUCUUCCAUGUGGCCAAUCAGAUCACAGACAACAUCGUCUACUUCCUGCCUCGCAACGCUGACAUGGACCAGGUUGUCUCCCUGGCGGGUGCAGGAGGAAAAGUGGAAGUGGAACAAAACUUACUCAACAACAAACUGAAGACCAUCACUGCGUACUUUGGUAGUACUUUGAUCCAUUCACACUCCUGAAAACUCUCAUCAUCAUGUACUACGUGUUCAUGUACUAAAUGUUUAUGUACUUCAUCAUCAUGUACUACAUGUUCAUGUACUACAUGAUCAUGUACUAAAUGUUCAUGUACUACAUGUUUAUGUACUUCAUCAUCAUGUACUACAUGUUCAUGUACUAAAUGUUUAUGUACUUCAUCAUCAUGUAGUACGUGUUCAUGUACUACAUGAUCAUGUACUAAAUGUUCAUGUACUACUUAAUCAUGUACUAAAUGUUCAUGUACUACAUGAUCAUGUACUAAAUGUUCAUGUACUACUUAAUCAUGUACUAAAUGUUCAUGUACUACAUGAUCAUGUACUAAAUGUUCAUGUACUACAUGAUCAUGUACUAAAUGUUCAUGUACUACAUGAUUAUGUACUAAAUGUGCUUAAACUAUAUUAUGUACUAAAUGUUCAUGUACUACAGAAUUAUGUACUAAAGUUCAUGUACUACAUGAUCAUGUACUAAAUGUUCAUGUACUACAUGAUCAUGUACUAAAUGUUCAUGUACUACAUGAUCAUGUACUAAAUGUUCAUGUACUACAUACACUAGAUGUGUCCCAAUGGUGGAAAAGCCUCCCAGCAGUGUCA